CCCGUAUUCGUCGUGGAGGUCGGUUUAUUGCACCUUGCUUCACCCGGCGUGCGUGUUAUUUACGAAAUCUUGUGUUAAACUCAAUGCAAUGAAUUAAAUCAUUAUUUUCUUCCCCUUUUUUAUAGGUAAUGUGAUUGAUUCAGUGUUUGUGUGGACUGGACGAUGUGAAAUACGUGUUUUUAAUAUAAUUUGAAAUAGUUAAGUGAUGUAGGAUGUGGCGGUACCUUGUUUUACUGUUGAUAGCGAGCUGUGCUGAUGGAAGAGGCAAGAAACAUAGGAACCAUAAACCUGGACGCGCGUUACUGGACCGCCUGAGUAGCACUACCCUCAGUGAGGUGACAGUGGCCAGCGAGGGCCUCUUACCAGCUCCAGUAGAUGUCGCCCCGUACUCCACUGUGGUCGCGAAUGCCACUUGCGGGGAGCGAGGCGCUGAGGAGUUCUGCCGGGAGACGCCGGGGAAACGCGGCAUAGCAUGCGACGUCUGCGAAGGCCUCGAAGGUCCCGCUUCACGUCAGCACCCGGCGGGCCUGGCCAUCGAUGGAGACCCUGCAACCUGGUGGCAGACUCCGACCUUGAGUACUGGCGAGGAGUACCGGCACGUGGAGCUGGUUGCCACACUGCCUGAUAAAAUGGAGCUACUCCACGUGAUAAUAAAGUCGGGGCCGUCACCGCGGCCGCUAGCCUGGUCUCUAGAAGUGUCUCUCACCGAGGCAGCAGAUGACUGGCGGCUGCUCCGAGCUUUCGGGGACAGGGACCACUGCAAGAAGAUCUGGGACCUUCGACCAGAAAGGAAACGGAGGAAGGCUAGGGCGCAGAAAGGGAAGGAGAAACUAUCUUGUUCGACGCAGUUUGCCAAUCCGAAGCCACUGGAAAAUGGAGAGAUGCACGUAGCAGUCGGCGAAGGAGUAACGGUGCGGCGCGUGCGCAUAACAUUUAGAGCGACGCACGCUAUGCCCCACAACUAUUAUACUGUCAGAGAACUGACGUUGGCGGCGAGAUGUCUCUGCCAUGGACAUGCGAGUCACUGCAAUGUUAAUGAUAAGGGUGCAAAAUGCGACUGUCUCCACGGCACGUGUGGGGGCCACUGCCAGCGGUGUUGUUCUGGCGCCAAGUGGCAGCCCCACCGGCCUUGUGACACUUUCCCCGGGGACUGCUCCUGCGGGGAGAGGGGAGAGUGCGCCUUUGACGAUACUGGGGAUGUGCUCUGUGUGAAUUGUACUGAUAAUCGCGCUGGCCCUCUCUGUGAUCGAUGCCUGGUCGGUUUUUAUAACGCGCUCCCAGACGGACCUUGCGUGCCGUGCGACUGCGACCCUGAAGGUUCGGAUGGGUCAUGCAACUGGGACAAAAAACAACAGCGCGUUGUAUGCACAUGUCAUGCCGGCUUUUUGGGUCCAAAGUGUGAAUCUUGCGAAGACCUGAACGCCGUGUUUCCUAACUGUGUGGUGGAUGACACAACACCAGCGUGCAAGUGCGAUCCCAGGGGCGUUGUGGAUCCCAGUAGAGUUUGUGAUGACGUUUGCGAAUGUAAGGCAAACGUGAUAGGCGAGCGUUGUGACGAGUGCGCACCCGGAUAUUUUGGUCUGAGUGCAGAUUUAGCAGACGGCUGCUUGCCCUGCUACUGUUCCCACCUCGCUGAGACCUGUCGCGUGAACCACAGAGCACAUUUACACCCUGACGUGGUGUUACCGUUGGGAGAGGCUUGGCUCAUAAGUGACGCGGCUCUCAACGAGACCCUGGAGCCAUCAGUGGACGAGCAAGGGAAACCUUAUCUGAUAACAUAUGAGGUAGAAGGAUGGGAGUCAUUUUACUGGUUGACUAACUCGUUCAGUGGUGAGCAGUUAGACGCUUACGGGGGUGAAGUGAAAGCGAGUAUGUACUGGAGCGUGGCUCGAGGGGACACGGGCGGCAGUCCUACUGUGGGGCCUGAUGUUAUAUUGGUGGCAAAUGAUGGCAGGAAACUAACAUACAUAAACAGUAGCCACGAAUUCCCUGGUCAGAUGGAACUGAGCGUAGUGCUUAUCGAAGGCAACUGGUACUUGGAGAAUGAAGUGGCAACCCGGACGCAGUUACUGGAUAUCCUGAGCGACCUGCGGGCGGUUAUGAUUCGGGCACAUUAUCAUAACGAUCAGGAUGAGGUGAGGUUAGAAGGCGUGGAGGUGCUCAGUGGGCACGCAGUUACCGAAACGUGCGCGUGCCCGAAAGGUUACGAGGGCGCCCAGUGCGCGCAGUGCGCGUGGACGCACGUGCGCAUCCGCCGCGCGCCGACUGCACUGCCAGCUUUUGAGUGCGUGCCGUGCGCGUGCAACAUGCACGCUGGGUGCGUGAGUGUGGAUGGUCCGUGUGGCGAAUGCCAGCAUAAUACAACAGGGCCGCACUGCGAACGCUGCCUUCCGGGUCAUUAUGGGAACCCAGUUACGGGUGGCUGCAAGCCUUGCGCCUGUCCACUGUAUGAAGCUAGUAACAACUUCAGUCCCAACUGCGCCCUCGCAGGCCCUGAGGGGGAUGAGUUCGUUUGUACACAGUGUCCGGAUGGGUAUACUGGGGACCAUUGUGAAAGCUGUGACUCCGGCUAUUGGGGCUCUCCCGCCACCCCGGGAGGCUCGUGCGCACCGUGCGCGUGUGGAGGGGGGCCGUGCAAUGCGGACACGGGCGCGUGCCUCGUGUGCCCGCCGCACACUGAAGGCGAGACCUGUGACCAGUGCCAGGAGGGCUACUACUCCAUAGAGGAGGGGGGAGCGUGCUUGCCAUGUGAGUGCGGGCGCGGCGCGCUAUCGAGCGCGUGCGACGCACGCACCGGCGCAUGCGCAUGCGCACCGAACUGGACAGGCCGCGCAUGCGACAGCUGCGCAACUGGAUAUGGGGACGUGGAUGCCGGCUGUCCCGCGUGCCGCUGCGGCGUCGCGUCGGUCAGCGGCGCGUGCGACGCCGCGAGCGGGCGCUGCGCGUGCGCGGCCGGCGCGGAGCCGCCGCGCUGCGACACGUGCCGCCUGGAGUACUGGGACCUAACUUCUGAUGGCUGUAGAGGCUGCAACUGCUCGCGGUCGGGCUCGGAGAGCAACGUGUGCGAUAUCCGCACUGGCCAGUGCCGCUGCCGGCCGCACGUCACCGGACGGGCGUGCGACACUUGCGAGGAAGGCUUCUGGGGCCUGGACAGGGGCGAAUGCCGGCGCUGCGAGUGCGGCGCGGGCACCGCCGCGUGCGACCCGGUGACGGGGCUGUGCGCGUGCGCAGCGGGCGUGGGCGGCGCGCGGUGUGACCGCUGCCUGCCCGGGUACUAUGGGUUCAGCGCUACGGGCUGUUUGCCGUGUCCCACAUGCACGGAAGGCAAAGUGUGCUCGCCGGUGUCGGGGCGCUGCGUGUGCCCCGGGCGCAGCCGCGGGCCGGCCUGCUCGCAGUGUGCGCGCGGCUACUGGGGCCGUGAGUUCGGCUGCAAGCCAUGCGCGUGCGGUCCUGGCGCGUCAUCAGAAAUCUGCGAUAUGGUAACAGGCGCCUGUGAAUGCAAGCCAGGCUGGACGGGUCUGUCGUGCGACCGCUGUGAGCGCGGCUUCUUUGGGCCGCGAUGUAGAUCGUGCAGGUGCUCGGUGGCUGGCACCAGGUGCACUGAUGUCUGCGAGUGUGAUGAUACCGGCAAGUGCCCGUGUAAGGAAAACGUAGUGGGCGCGAAGUGCGACCGCUGCCUGGACGGCACGUUCGGUCUCUCGGAGACGAACCCGGCCGGGUGCACCGCGUGCUUCUGCUUCGGGCGCGCCGCGCGCUGCACGCAGGCGGACGUGGUGCGCGCCGCGCUGCACGCGCCCGCGCCGCUGCACUUGCGGCUGCUGAGGGGGGAGGUGGCUAAUAUGGAGCAAGAAUCGCUUCUAGCAGUGCACACACGGAAUCCAGACGUCACGAUAUCAGUACCCUGGCCACCUGUGCCCGUUUACGCGGAACUUGGCGAAGUGUUCCUGGGGGACAGGGUGAUGUCCUACGGGGGAGCUUUGAGGUUCCGGGUGGAAGAGGAAGGGGGAGAACCGCUACCACAACAGACCCUGACGAGAUUUCCUCUCGUCAGUAUACAUGGAGGAUCGUUGGUGCUUGAUCAUUAUGAGCGAGUACCAGCUAUAAACGGUACAUACGCGGUGUACCUCCACGAGUCAUUGUGGGAGGUCCGCGGCCGGAACGCAGUGGCGUCCCGCGGCGUUCUGAUGCUAGUCCUGCAGGAUCUGCAGCACGUCUUCGUGCGAGUUUCCACCAGGAUGCCGAAUUACAGGGAGCCUUUGCACGUGCUACUCCUCAACGUCUCCUUGGAAACGGCUGUUGCCGGCCUAUCACGUGGCGCCCCGGCCCCCGGUGUGGAGAUGUGUGAAUGCGGUACCGGAUUCAGUUCCGGUUCGUGCCACCGUCCGGCCGCCGGCUUCUGGCUCCCCCCCACCCCGCCGCGGCUCUGGCAUACCGCGGGGACGAUACUGAUCGACUUGGAGACCGUCCCCAAACAGUGUGAUUGUAAUAAUCGAUCGGAAACGUGCCAUCCCACUACGGGACAUUGUAUGAAUUGCACAGAGAACACGGCGGGCGCGCACUGCGAGCGCUGCGCUGACGGCUACUACGGCGAGCCGGGCGGCUGCCGGCCCUGCGCCUGCCCUUCGCCGAGCGACAACCGCGCGCUGUCCUGCGCGCCGGGGCUUCAUCGACUGCGCUGUUAUUGCAAGCCUGGUUACGCUGGCAACGCGUGCGAGAUCUGCGCGCCCGGGUGGGUGCAGAACGCACGCGGCGCGUGCGAGCCGUGCACGUGCGACCCGCGCGGCGCCGCCGCGAGCUCCUGCGACGCGCGCGCCCGCUGCCGCUGCCGCCCGCACGUGCGCGGCGAUAAGUGCGACACGUGCGAGCUGCCGCGACACUAUUUGGAUGAGGGGGGGUGUACGCCGUGCGAUAACUGCACUCAAACCCUCCUCGAUUCAGUCGAGGCUAUGACCGCUGAUCUCCACAAGCGUGCAGAUAUCACAGAGCUCACAAGAAUACCGCAACCCUUCCCAGCUUUGAAGCAAUUCGAGCACAAUGCCUCAUACCUGUACCACGACCUACGGAACUUAAAGACUGACAUAGAGAAAGCUAGAAUAAUAGAUUCCACAAUUAAUAAACUGGAAGAAACCGAACAUAACCUCUUCACAUCUGCAAACAAUUUGAAAACAGAAGCUUCGAGAAGGGAGACAGAUGCUCACUAUCUCAGUUUGGAAAGUAUGAGUGGUUUAGAAGAAAUAAUAAAACAGAGGAGGUUAUUUGGAGAGUUGGUAGCUAAUUUGGAUGAUUUCGCAAGAGGCGAGAAGCAUUUGAGCGCUCACCGAGCCUUGAAAGAAGCGAGAAGAUUGUUAAAGACAAUAAAGGAAAUUAAGCUAAUUGAUUACAUAGCUGGCGCUACGGAUGUAUCUGAUUCUGCGAACCUACAAUCAACAUCAAUCCAUGAAUACUCCUAUCGUAUUGAAGAUAUGUAUCGACGCGUUCAUAAAAUGCAAGCGUCGUUGGACGAAUGGGAAAACAAGAUGGACGAUAUUUCGAAAUUGGCGGAAGCUGUGUGGGGGGCGGGAGAUAAAGUCAGCGAGCUGAAGAAGAGAGUAGUUCCCUCUUUGAUCAGGUUGAAGGACUUGGGUUCAAAGUGUCGAGUCAUGCUAGAAGAAAUCGCAGAACAACCAACCACAAACUUCACCGAAGAAGCAAAAACAGCAAUUUCGCAGAGCAGAAACCUGGCCAUCAAUUUCCCACAAACGAUUGAACAACUCCGAAUCCUCACUGCUGCGACUGAAGAGAAGGAGGGUAUUUUGUACAACCUUACACCAGCUUACAAGAAGAAGUACCUGGAUGCAGUGGAAAAACACGUCGCGAUGCUUGGGGAAAAAGCGAAGGAAUAUAAAAAUCUCUUCGCUGGCACACGAGCAGCGGCAUCUCUCGGGGUACAAGCGGCAGGCGCCUGGUCCGAAGUCAGCAAAGCUGUGAAAGAAGCUGACGCGGCUGCUGACGCCGCGACCGCCGCGACCGCCGCGGCCGUGCAGCUGGCCCGCGGACCGCAGCCCUUGAUCGACACGGCGAAUGCGCAUUGGGCCGCUUCUGAGGACUUAAAGCGACGUGGCAAUGCCGUGCUGAUGAAAUCUUCCGAACUAGGACGUGGGGUAGAGAGUGCGGCACGUGGUAUCGACACGGCGAGCGUGGGACUGCGCGCGCUGGGCUGGCGGGAGCGCUCGCUGGCCUCUGGGGCGUCCACUGCUGCGGCUGGCCUUAGUAGUACAGAAACGGGAGCGCUUACAUCGCUUCGCAGCGCUGGCGAGCAAGCGGAACGCGUGUUCGCUGUGUCGAGGUCGCUGUAUGAUGAAGCGGCAGAGUUGAGGAGGCGGGUGCGCUACCACUUGCGGCGGAAACUGGCAGCGCUGCAGCGGCUGGGGGAUACAGCUCUGGGUGCCGCUGAGGAACAUGUGUCCCAAAUCCGCGGCAACACGCUGCGCGGCGCGGAGGUGUCGGAAGCGCUUGCAGCGGCUGCAGCUGCUCGCGCGCGAGAACACUCCGCCGCGACCGCCUCGCUGGAGCCAGCGCUGAAAGCGCUGAGAGAGCGAGUGGAGCGCGCGAGACACGCCGCUAGCACGAUUACAGUAUCCGUCCGUUCCCCGGCAUCAGGCGCAGGGUGCGCGCGCGCGUACGUGGUGUGGAACGCGCCAGCUGUCACACGACUGUCACUAGCUGUGAGCUUCGAUGGCGAUGUGGAAGAUGGAACGCUCAUCUUUAUGCAAGAUCAGGAAGCAACAGAUCGCUACAUGCGUCUGUCUGUGGUGAACAACCGGCUGCGACUGACGUGGAACGUGGGGGGAGAGGAGGGGGUCAUUCUGCACCCCGAGCCUCUGCAGUCCACGAUGGAUGACGCGGAUCAUACAGCGUAUACCAUUGAUAUAGAGAGAGUAUGGACAACAGUGCGAUUACGCGUCGAGCGCUCCGGCAGCGCUGCAAUAUCCUCCAGCAACUCCACAUCAAGCGCCGCGAGCGCUGGAUCGCUCCGAUCGUCGCUGCUAUGGCUGGGUGAGAGCGUGGCGCCGCUGCCCGGCUGCGUGCACGCGCUGCGAGACGACAGCGGCGCGUUGGGCUUGUGGGCGUUUAGCAAGCAACCGGCGAAUGCUAAGUGCAUUGGAUGUACACAUCGGCGCAUCAGCCAAUCCCGCGGGUCGACGCUAGUGCAGUUCAGCGGCGCGGGCUACGCGGCGGUGCGGCGCUCGGGCCUGCGCCCCGCGGACCGGCGCCGGUUCACACUCUCCUUUACCUUCCGGACGCGGGACCACGAUGCGCUGCUGUUCCUCGCCCUGGACACUGUUAAUAACCGGUCAGUGAGCGUGUGGCUGCGCGCGUGCCGCGUGGUGUUCGCGGUGCAGUACGGCGGCGCGCGGCUGGAGAUCGCGUCGAGCGGCGCGCACUGCGACGGCGCCGGCGCGCACGUGCAGGCCACGCGCGUCUUCAGCGGCCUGGAGAGAGCCUGCGCGUGAACGGCGAGGAAACACUGGGCUCGCCGUCACCGCCGGUGCAAGACGCGGCCCUGCUGCCCGACCUGCAAGCUGCGGAGUACUGGCUGGGGGGCGCACCACCCGGGGGCGAAGUCCCCGCGGGAGAGCGCCCGCC